UAACAACUCCAUCAAUUUCUUUCAAUCUAAUUAAUUAGAUUUUGACUCCAUCAAUGAGCACACCAAUACUUGCCUUAGUUUUUCUCAUACAAUAUUGUGUUAUCACUUUUGGUCUCCAUUUCCACCCACUUGAUCCCUUAACUCCCCAAGAAAUCAACAAAACAAGCUUCAUCGUCAAGAAAUCUCAUCUGGGCAAUCUCAAAGAUCUCACAUUUCACUACCUCGACCUCGAAGAACCAAACAAGAGUCACGUCCUCCAAUGGCUAUCGCCAAUUCCCUCCAAGAAACCACCACCGCCACGUCGUCGCUCACUCGUUGUAGUUCGAGCCGGUGGUCAAACUCACGAGCUCAUCAUCGACCUAACCACUAGCAAGAUCGUAUCCUCCCGGAUCUACACCGGCUAUGGCUUCCCUUCAUUCACAUUCAUAGAGCUUUUCAGAGCUAGCAAACUUCCUCUAACUUACCCCUCCUUCAAGAAAUCGAUUCUUGAUCGAGCCCUAAACAUCUCCGAGGUUUCUUGCAUCCCUUUCACCGUUGGUUGGUACGGAGAAACCACCACGAGACGUGAAGUCAAAGCUUCUUGCUUUUACAGAGACGGAUCGGUCAACGUCUUCACAAGACCCAUCGAAGGAAUCACCAUAACUAUAGAUGUUGACUCAAUGCAAGUCAUCAAGUACUCUGACAGAUUCCGAAAGCCUCUCCCUGAUAAAGAAGGUAACGACUUUCGAACCAAACACAAACCCUUCCCAUUCUCUUGCAACGUUUCCGACACAGGCUUCAAGAUACUCGGCAAUAGAGUCAAGUGGGCUAACUGGAAAUUCCAUGUCGGAUUCAGUGCAAGAGCGGGUAUAACCAUAUCGACGGCUUCGGUUCUUGACCCGAGAACCAAAAGGUUUCGACGAGUGAUGUACAGAGGACACGUGUCAGAGACUUUUGUUCCGUACAUGGACCCAACCUACGAAUGGUACUACCGUACGUUCAUGGACAUCGGAGAGUUCGGUUUCGGGAGAUCCGCCGUGAAUCUGCAGCCACUCAUUGACUGCCCGCAAAACGCUGCGUUUUUAGAUGGACACGUGGCCGGACCAGAUGGGACAGCUCAGAGAAUGACCAAUGUGAUGUGUGUCUUCGAGAAAAACGGUUACGGUGCUUCUUUUAGACACACGGAGAUUAAUGUUCCAGGACAAGUGAUAACAAGUGGGGAAGCUGAUAUAAGUUUAGUGGUUAGAAUGGUGGCCACACUUGGAAACUAUGAUUACAUAGUGGAUUGGGAAUUUAAAAAGAAUGGAGCCAUCAGAGUUGGGGUGGAUUUGACUGGAGUUUUGGAAGUAAAAGCAACGUCGUACACUUCAAAUGAUCAAAUAACGGAGAACGUUUACGGGACACUGGUGGCGAAGAACACUAUCGCCGUUAACCACGACCAUUACCUGACGUAUUACUUGGACCUCGACGUUGACGGUAACGCCAAUUCCUUGGUGAAAGCCAAACUCAAAAGGGUAAGAGUAACGGACGUUAACAAAAUGUCUUCUCCGAGAAAGAGUUACUGGACGGUCGUUAAAGAGACGGCGAAAACGGAAGCUGAUGGUAGAGUUCGACUCGGCUCAGAGCCGGUUGAGCUGUUAAUAGUUAACCCUAAAAAGAAGACAAAGAUAGGAAAUAUGGUUGGUUACCGGCUGAUACCGGAACAUUUACCAGUCACUUCGCUUUUAACCGACGAUGAUUACCCGGAGAUAAGAGCCGGUUACACGAAAUAUCCGGUUUGGAUUACUGCUUAUAACCGGUCAGAGAGAUGGGCCGGUGGUUUUUAUAGCGAUAGGAGCCGUGGCGAUGACGGUUUAGCUGUAUGGAGUAGCAGGAACAGAGAGAUAGAGAACAAAGACAUAGUGAUGUGGUACAACGUUGGGUUUCAUCACAUUCCAUAUCAAGAGGAUUUUCCGGUUAUGCCCACUCUUCACGGUUUACACACAGACAUGGGAUCGGCUGCGGUUGCGAGUUCUUCUUCUGAUGUUGCGAUCUCAGCUCUGCGUGAGAAGCAUGAGAAGGAAGUAGAGAAUCUAACAUUGACGACACAACCUUUGAAUACAUUGAAGUUGUUUGUUGAGGCUACUAUUCAGUACAUCAAGCGAUCGAUAUCGUAUCUUGUGGCUCAUGGAGGUUGGUUUAUACUUAUAACAACUUUGUUAGUGGCAUCUGGUGGUUUGCUUGUCACUGUUGAUGGACCUCAUGGAAAGCAUGUGGAAGAAGUAUUAGAGUAUGUCCGAUAUGGCUUAUGGUGGAUAGCACUCGGUGUCGCAUCUUCUAUUGGUCUUGGAUCUGGUCUGCACACUUUCGUGCUCUAUUUGGGUCCACACAUUGCUUUGUUCACUCUAAAAGCAACGCUAUGUGGCCGGGUUGAUCUAAAAUCUGCACCAUAUGAUACAAUACAGUUGAAAAGGGUUCCCUCAUGGCUUGAUAAAUCUUGUUCGGAAUUCGGUCCCCCUUUAAUGAUAUCAGCUGCUGGAUCGCGUGUGCCCCUGACCAGCAUAUUGCCACAAGUCCAAUUGGAGGCCAUCUUAUGGGGUAUUGGGACGGCUCUUGGGGAGCUUCCUCCAUAUUUCAUCUCAAGGGCAGCUAGUAUAUCUGGGAGCACAGUGGAUGGAAUGGAAGAAUUAGAUGGUUCCUCAUCUGAGGAUAGCGGAUUUAUGGCGACCUACCUGAACCGGAUUAAGCGUUGGUUAUUAACCCAUUCACAGCACUUGAAUUUCUUCACUGUCUUGGUUCUUGCUUCGGUUCCAAAUCCUUUGUUUGACCUUGCUGGAAUAAUGUGUGGACAAUUUGGAAUUCCUUUUUGGGAAUUCUUCCUGGCGACUUUAAUCGGGAAGGCAAUCAUCAAAACUCACAUACAGACGAUAUUUAUCAUCUGCGUUUGUAAUAACCAACUGCUCGACUGGAUGGAGAACGAGCUGAUCUGGAUACUUAGCCAUGUCCCAGGUUUGGCUUCUAUGUUACCUGGACUCACAGCCAAACUCCACGCCAUGAAAGAAAAGUAUAUUGAUGCACCAUCUCCUGUUCCAUCUCACAUCAAGGUGAAAAAAUGGGAUUUUUCGUUUGCAUCGAUCUGGAACGGGAUAGUAUGGCUCAUGCUCCUCAACUUCUUCGUCAAGAUUGUGACAGCAACUGCACAGAGACACUUGAAGAAGAAGCAAGAGAAAGAAUUGGCUGCUUUGACUCAUUCAGAUUGAUUACAUUCCCAACAAUCUUUCUUCCUUAUGCUCCAACAUCAAAACAGACACUAUCCAGAUUUGAGAAGAAGGAUCAACAAACAAAAAUGUCUUGU